CGGCCGGCGUCCCGGCCUCGCGCUGCACAUUCUCUCCUGGCGGCGGCGCCACCUGCGGUCGCGUUCGCCCGAACAUGGCGACACGGAGCAGCAGGAGGGAGUCGCGACUCCCCUUCCUCUUCGUCCUGAUCGCGCUGCUGCCCCCCGGGGCUGUCGGCCAGAUCUGGCCGCAGACGCUGACCGGCGGCCGCGCGCCUGGGCCCCAGGACCGGGGCUUCCUCGUGGUGCGGGGCGACCCGCUCGAGCUGCGGCUGGGGGCGCGCGGGGCGCCCCGGGGGGCGGACGAGAAGCCGCUCCGGAGGAGACGGAGUGCUGCUCUGCAGCAGGAGCCCAUCCAGGUGUACGGACAGGUUAGUCUCAAUGAUUCCCACAAUCAGAUGGUGGUCCACUGGGCCGGCGAGAAGAGCAACGUCAUCGUGGCCUUGGCCCGGGACAGCCUGGCACUGGCGAAGCCCAAGAGCAGUGACGUGUACGUGUCCUACGACUACGGAAGGUCGUUCAAGAGAAUCUCAGAGAAGCUGAACUUUGGUGAGGGGAACAGCAGUGAAGCUGUGAUUGCCCAGUUCUACCACAGCCCUGCAGACAACAAGCGUUACAUUUUCACAGAUGCUUAUGCCCAGUACCUCUGGACCACGUUUGACUUCUGCAACACCAUUCAAGGCUUCUCCAUCCCAUUCCGGGCAGCCGACCUCCUGCUGCACAACAAGGCCUCCAACCUUCUCCUGGGCUUUGACAGGUCUCACCCCAACAAGCAGCUAUGGAAAUCAGAUGACUUUGGCCAGACUUGGAUAAUGAUUCAGGAACAUGUGAAGUCCGUUUCUUGGGGUAUCGAUCCCUACGACAAGCCAAACACCAUCUACGUGGAACGGCACGAGCCCUCUGGCUAUUCCACAGUUUUCCGAAGCACAGACUUCUUCCAGUCUCGGGAGAACCUGGAGGUGAUCCUGGAGGGAGUGAGGGACUUCCAGCUGCGGGACAAGUACAUGUUUGCCACAAAGGUGGUGCAUCUCUUCGGCAGUCCACAACCAUCCUCUGUCCAGCUCUGGGUCUCCUUUGGCCGGAAGCCCAUGCGAGCAGCCCAGUUUGUCACAAGACAUCCUAUUAAUGAAUAUUACAUCGCGGACGCCUCCGAGGACCAGGUGUUCGUGUGUGUAAGCCACAGUAACAACCGCACCAACCUGUACAUCUCGGAGGCAGACGGGCUGAAGUUCUCCCUGUCCUUGGAGAAUGUGCUCUAUUACAGCCCAGCGGGGGCAGGCAGUGACACCUUGGUGAGGUAUUUUGCCAGUGAGCCAUUUGCUGACUUCCAUCGAGUGGAGGGCUUACAGGGGGUCUACAUCGCCACGCUCAUCAGUGGCUCCAUGAAUGAGGAGAACAUGAGAUCUGUUAUCACCUUUGACAAAGGCGGGACCUGGGAAUUCCUUCAGGCCCCAGCCUUCACCGAAUAUGGAGAGAAGAUCAAUUGUGAGCUCUCCCAGGGCUGCUCCCUCCACCUGGCCCAGCGGCUCAGCCAGCUGCUGAGCCUCCAGCUUCGGAGGAUGCCCAUCCUGUCCAAGGAGUCAGCGCCCGGCCUCAUCAUUGCCACUGGUUCGGUGGGGAAGAACCUGGCAAGCAAGACCAACGUGUAUAUCUCCAGCAGUGCUGGAGCCCGGUGGCGAGAGGCUCUUCCCGGACCUCACUACUACACGUGGGGGGACCAUGGCGGCAUCAUCAUGGCCAUCGCCCAGGGCAUGGAAACCAACGAGCUGAAGUACAGCACCAAUGAAGGGGAGACCUGGACCACGUUCGUCUUCUCGGAGAAGCCAGUGUUUGUGUACGGGCUCCUUACGGAACCUGGCGAGAAGAGUACUGUCUUCACCAUCUUCGGCUCCAACAAGGAGAACAUCCACAGCUGGCUGAUCCUCCAGGUCAAUGCCACAAAUGCCUUGGGGGUCCCCUGCACGGAGAACGACUACAAGCUAUGGUCCCCAUCUGAUGAGCGGGGCAACGAGUGUCUGCUGGGGCACAAGACUGUCUUCAAGCGGAGGACCCCCCACGCCACGUGCUUUAACGGAGAAGACUUUGACCGGCCGGUGGUCGUGUCCAACUGCUCCUGCACCCGCGAGGACUAUGAAUGUGACUUCGGCUUCAAGAUGAGUGAAGAUCUGUCGCUGGAGGUUUGUGUUCCAGAUCCGGAGUUUUCUGGGAAUUCAUACGCCCCUCCUGUGCCUUGUCCCGUGGGUUCUACUUACAGGAGAACCAGAGGCUAUCGGAAGAUUUCUGGGGACACCUGCAGUGGAGGAGAUGUCGAAAUGCGCCUGGAAGGAGAGCUGGUGCCGUGCCCCUUGGCAGAGGAGAACGAGUUCAUCUUGUACGCCAUGCGCAAGUCCAUCUAUCGCUACGACCUGGCCUCGGGGGCCACCGAGCAGCUGCCCCUCAGCGGGCUGCGGUCAGCGGUGGCCCUGGACUUCGACUAUGAGCGCAACUGCUUGUACUGGUCCGACCUGGCCUUGGACGUCAUCCAGCGCCUCUGUUUGAAUGGGAGUUCGGGGCAGGAGGUGAUCUUCAAUUCUGGCCUGGAGACAGUAGAAGCCUUGGCUUUUGAACCCCUCAGCCAGUUACUUUACUGGGUGGAUUCUGGCUUCAAAAAGAUUGAGGUGGGGCAUCCAGACGGUGACUUCCGCCUCACCAUUGUCAAUGCUUCUGUGGUUGAUCGACCCAGGGCUCUGGUCCUCGUGCCGCAAGAUGGGGUGAUGUUCUGGACCGACUGGGGGGACCUGAGGCCUGGCAUUUACCGGAGCAACAUGGAUGGUUCAGCUGCCUACCGCCUUGUAUCAGAGGAUGUGAAGUGGCCUAAUGGCAUCGCCGUGGACGAGCAGUGGAUCUACUGGACGGAUGCCUACCUGGACUGCAUUGAGCGGAUCACUUUCAGUGGCCAGCAGCGUUCCGUCAUCCUGGACAACCUCCCGCACCCCUACGCUAUUGCUGUCUUUAAGAAUGAGAUUUACUGGGAUGACUGGUCACAGCUCAGCAUCUUCCGAGCUUCCAAGUACAGCGGGUCCGACAUGGCCAUUCUGGCGAGCCGGCUUACAGGGCCCAUGGACUUGAAGAUUUUCUACCGGGGCAAGACAACUGGUAAGGCAGCAUGCCCUCUUCCAUCUCUGUCGCGUUGA